AGUUGCACCUUAAAUAUUUUCGGCUCGGCCAUUUUGGCUGUUUGCAGGUGGUUUUUGCACUCGCUUGAUUCCGCUGCUCUCGCUUCGCAAAUAAAUCACGCCAGCACUUUUUCAAUCGGCCCUGUAAUUUGGUUUCACCUUGCCGCUGCCAGGAAGAAAUUAAUUAAAAGCUUUUUGUUGUCCUUUUGUCCGGCUGCCCAACUGCCCAACUGCCCUGGCCAGCGUGUUUGUAUUUACUCAUAUAAUUUUGUACCAAUUUGUGGCAGCGAUGGUUCCUUGUUUUGGUUUCGUUUCAAUUAGCCCCGCCUCCUCCGCUUUUCUCGCUCUGCAGUUUAAACAGAAAUUAAUUCAAGCUGUGUUUGCUUGCGGUGUCAUGCUUAAAAAUGUUGACCCAUUCACCACUAAGCCCGGAGUCGUUUCCAAAAAGAAAAUAAUCCGAUACCCGCGGUGUUUGCCCGGGCUAAUGAGUUAAAUUACAUCCGCUUCCAGUUGGCAUCGUGGCAAAACCAGUGGCAGAAGUCGUCAAAGCUCUGGGGUAAUAAUGAUAAGUGCGACUGUUUGGCGAGUGGCUAAAAGUUGCGACUUGCAAACAUAAAUCGCAACUAAAUUCAAUUAACUACUUGUGUCUGCUUUCGGGGGAACAGUAAGCUCAUCUGCUAGAGGUCUCAUAAAGUGACUAGACCACGGAACAGAAUGUUGAUUAGAACGGCUUGUAAUUGAAUAUCGCCAAAAGCGUUUCCCGCCAAUUUCCCUCUGUACCAAUUGUGAGUGGAAGUGCCAUUGUGUGGGCAAAGAGUUCCUAGCUCGCUGCCCAAGAAAGCGUUCCUAUGCCCUUUGCUCGUAUUAAUUUCGCCUGUUCAUCCUUCGCUGAUCGUCCAAUUAAGGGAAGUGUUGAGCGCCUCUCUCUGCACUUCUCACGUUGCCCUCCUAAGUUUCAACUCAGCCGAUUGCAGGCCAACUUAGUCUUGCGCCAACCAUGCGCUGUCAGUUUCUCAGUUGCUUUCAACUUGAGAGGGACUCAUCGGGCAGAAGGACGUUCACCUGGCUACAUAUUCGAAUAUUGAAUUGAACUCUGACCUGAAUGACCAUCAUUGCCAACAAAAAGUUAGGAUGACUUCAGUAACUUCAUGCUUCGUUAAGAACUGCUGUCCAUUAAACUACUUUUGGAUUUACAUCAACUAAUUUAUAAUUGAUACGGAUAAGAAACGAAAUGUCUGUCAUCUGUGCUCAGUUUAAACCCAGUUGUUUCAAGUGUCGUAGGUUGGAUGUUUAAAUAUACACCGCAUCGAGUCAAUUACACAGCGGCUGUUGUUUGUGCACCAUGGCGCCGACUGAAAUAGUUUGCGCAUCAAGUGAGCUUCAGAAGUACCCCAUGUAAUUACCAACCCAUCUUCAUCCGUAUCCGCACCCUCACCUGCCUCCUCAUCUGUGCUCUAAUCCCGAGAUAAUACCGCUGACAGGUGAACAGAUGAACAACUGAACAGCUGAACAGGUUGGCCACUCACCGUUAAAGGACACGAACCGAACUAUAUUUACGAGACGCCUUAUAAUGGCCGCAUUGAAACCCACUGAGCUGGCAAAAAGUAGUUUAGUCGCUAAAUAGUUUACCCCGCAUCAGUCUACCUCACCAACAUUAUCAGUCAUAUGGCUAAAUAUAGUUGGCCCGGCCCACUCGGCCCAACGGCCCACACAGCCGCACAUCCUGCCACUAAAAAAGACAACAAAUGGGACCGGUUUGCAGCUAGGCCGCUCGCUUAAGUGCCUGCAAAUUGCACUGGCAAGAGCGGGCUGGGACCUGGAGAGGUCGAAUGGAUGGUGCGAGUCCCUAAUUCAAUUGUUUGUAAUGUUCCUGGACAUUUAGAGUUAAAUGCUUGCUUACACAUAAUACCCAUUAAAGUACAAUAAUUACCCAUUAAAGGUGAUGUAUGUGCGCCCAGUCUGGGAGUUCUGAGCCCCAGGCCAGUGGAUUCGGGGAGGUGGGCGUAAGCUUGCCGGAUUAUGGUGCUGCGCAAGUGGCCGUUCCAUUUUGUGGCCCACCCGAAAUGGGCAUGUAUAACAGCAGAGCAGAGCUUGUACAGCUGAAACCAAGUCUCCAUCAGCAUAGGAUCAGCAUCUGCUCUAUUCGAAAUGGGGCUUCUGCAUUAAUGCUUUUGAUUAGAAAGCUUCAUACCAUUGUACAAUAUAUAAAGUUUUCCCAACUGUUCUGUGUAUUACAAUACUUUAAGUACUGUCUUCACUAUUUAGAUUAUCAUCAACCCUGCUGAGCUGCUCCAGUAACAGCUUAGUUUGUCUUAGGUAUCCUGCAGCCUUGGGAACACAACCAAUAAUAAUUGUGCUUCUGUAGUCAAGGGCAUCUGAAAUGAAGCAUAUUGUGCCGUUCGAGAAGUUCGAAAUCAAAUGAGCAGCGCACAUAAAGCUAACUGAAUUCGAUUGGCGAAUCGAGAAAUCAAGCCACGAGACGUUGUCAAAGAGCAUACGUAAGGACAAGGCCUCACCGUUCAGUGGGUAUCUGCUAGGACCAGCGGAGGCAUAGUGGCCACAGUGGAACAGAGACGGAUCAGAGAUCCCUGGCAGGCCGGCGCGGAAGAACCAAGAACCUAGCACCAUGCAUACGUAUGUGCAUCUAUAUACCAUAAGUUCUGAAUCCGGUUGGCUCCUGGCAAAACGACUCAAAGGACCCGGCGACACAAAAGUUUGAGAAAAAGCCUGCGAAAACGAAAAAGCCGCAAAAAUAGUCCGGGGAACAAUAACACAGCUCUUGGCCUCUUUGGCCCUGAUGCCACCGUUGGUGUUUGUGUUUCAGUCCUCUGCCGUUCAACGGGGCGUAUGGGAAAUUAUUUUUACAAUUUCAAUGUCAACAUGAUAGGCGAAGGCCGAGUGUCGGAGCACAGUCACUAAAAGGCUGCGUUCUUGGGUUAACCAAAAAAUACGGUCAAAUGAGGGUAGAAAAAUAAGCGAAAAAUACGUGAGGCUAAAUAAGAAGAAAAAAUUGCGUAUACGCCGCGUGGCCAUGCUCCAGAUGACUUUUGCGCAGCGGGAAAAGAAAGGAACUGGAGGCGUGUCCAACUUAAAUAAAAACAAUGCGAAUGAAGCAGGGAAACGAGAAUGCAAAUAGAAAGUUGCCACAAAAUGAUUUGCCACGACACGUACAGAGCCACGCAGGGAUUUCCCGAACCCGAACCCGCAGUAGAACCGGGUCGGCCGGGGGUGCAUGAAGCACCACGUCAGUCCAACAUUAAAAAAUCAUUUUCAAUAAAGUUCUCCAGUCUGCCAGGUGUGCCGGUUCACCCAACCUGCUUCCUGCUGGAGACUCAACUGCUUGCACCUAGUGCAUUCGAGGCAGACUGCCGACCAUCAGCUACCGGAUGGAAAUGUUUAAUAUCAAACGCUUAUUUUCCACUCCGGCUUUGUCCUCUUAUCUGGAUUUGUUUGGCUCGCGUCUUUUCUUAACCUUGAUUGGUUGUAGGCCCCAACUUGUCCCGGAAGGAAAAAAAACAACAAUCAUGAGAGAAUUAAAAAACAAUACAGAAACUCAACAAAUGAUCGUGCGAAUAUUGUAACAAUAAUAUGUGUGGCACACAGUGCAUGCCACUUUACGUGCUGUGCAAAUUGGAUUUGCGAUAAAUAAACCAAAUGUCUGCGGGCCACGAAACUUUCGCAGCAAAGCAAGCCAAUAAACCAAUGGUGGGAAAUCCAAUUCGCACAGCAAAUUGGAUAACAAUAUAUGCUCGAAAGGGCUGCGCAGCGUAUCCAAUCGUUUUAACAAUUAAAAGAGCGAGCAACUUUUUCAGUGACCGUUGCAGUCCAUAAUUUGUUCAAUAAUCCAUGCAAUUACGCCGCAAUUAAAAGGGGUUUUUUCAGCAGUUUUGUCAAGCCGCUUUUGCAGUUGGUAAUACAGUUACAUUUUUUAAGUAAGCGCAUUCCAAAUGCUGGGGAGUUUUGAGAAGUAAAAAAGUUAUUAAAUAUGGUAGACGCGACAAAGUGCUGGUGGAAUACGAUCGGCUUUGCCAUAACAUAUAUACGCAUGUCUUGACUAAACGAAUUCAAUAGCCUGUUUCUACCACUUGCUUAGAGCAAAAAGAACUUAUGGAAAUGUAGCCAACGAUGUAUAAACGAAUCUGAAGGACAUCGAUGGCGAUGACAAUAGAACCAUUUAUGUCCGCGCAUCCAGGCCCGUCUAGUUGCCUUGCUCAAGGAUACUCGCGAAGCGUGGGGAGGGCAGCAAUGUCGUCGUGUCCUGUAAUUCCAUAAUAAUGCCGUGCGUGUAUGUGUGUGUGCGGAACUAAACAAUGGCGAAAUGUCAAGUUUAAUUGUUUGUCUGUCAUUAGCGAACAUUCACCCACAUGGACGCAUUCACACACCCACUGGGGCGGUGCAGCGAUGCAUGGAUUUUUCGCUCUCUGUUUUUUCAUACAAUUAGGUUAGCUGUGUGUGGGUUUGGGGAUGGGGAGCUGACUGGGCGGCUUGGGGCUUGCCGAAACAAAAGAAUCAAAUGCUGUUACAAUAACUUGCGCCGCGCUUAUUUGCGGCAAACUCUCUCAAGCGAGCCACUUAAACAGCCUCACGCUCGGCUGAAUAUGUUUUGAUUAAGCCAAGUAUAACGAACACAUUUCAGGCAGGACGACGAGCGGAAUGAGUCCUGCGAAAGUGAGUCUCACUUUCCCCAGCCAACUGCCUUCUGGGUGGGUGGGUGGCUGGGUGCCUAUAGGUGUGGGCGGGUGGACGAGCGGGUGUGUGUAUCCAUCGGCCUAGGGCUCGUUUAUGUACUCCAUCGAACGGUCUGGUCAGGCAUUGGUCCAUGAGAGUGACAUGCUGUCGUGGGAGAUCUCCAAUCCCAUAGCCACACCCGCCUCCGAUGAUGUGCGUGCCCCCACUUUCUAGUGCGGGAGGGUCCUUGGAGUUGCCUUGGCUUCAGUCGUGUCGCUGGCACGCACGCAACCUCCGAAACGAAAUGAAAACACAACUGGGCGCACAAUGAAUCCACACGGGGACUCUUGUGGUGGCCUUAUGUCUCAUACUUGGGGUGUUCCGAUCUUCUGCCGUGGACUGCCAGCACUUCAAUCGAUAUCAUCAGCGGCAUCCUUUACAGAAGCCAUUCUGUCGGCUGGUUCAUGAGAAAGUUUUUUCUUAAGCGAACGCAAACUUUCCUAAUUUCCAAUAAUUUGAAUAAUCCUUAAAUUCCCUAUUUCCCACUCAAAGUCUUUUCAAUUUAACUGCCGUGUAAUUACGGAUUGGAUAUCGGUGGCAGACGGAGUGACCAGCACAUCACAAGGCCUGGUGCCCAAGAAACGCAAGCCCAGGAGUCCGGCAGUCGAGAAUCACGAGGGACUGGGGCCUUGGCUUACGGUUUUCAUUUUGGCUUGACAUGCAUCAGCAUCAUUAUUUUGUGCUUUUAAUGUUUUAUUUAGCCCGGUUGCCGACAGCCAUCGCAGUGCGGGCAAAGAGAGUGGUGGCGCAGAUGGGUGCGGGUGUUUCAGGGGUCUGAGUGUGGAUAUGGGAAUGGGAAUGGGUAUGGGUAUGGAGAAUGGGGUCUGGUAAUACCUGUAAGUGGGUGGGCGCUGUCUGACCGCCUGCGAGCGUUGCCUACGUGCCGUUUGCACUGAACUCUCGCCACUCUCUUCUCCUUAGCUCCCUCUUUCUCAUGCCUCGUUUUCCAACAGUUCCAAGAGUCCGCCGCUUUCCCUCCCACAGGAAGGGAGCCAUUUGCAACGGAGCACUCAAACAGCAGUUAAAAAGGCCUCAUUUUCACGAGCUGUUAUGGGCGUGUGUCUGUGUGUGUGCAGGACGAAUGUGGCGGGAACGAUGAAGGAGGGAGUGGGGAUCCUGACAGAGUGUGUGCCACUCGGCACAUAAUUGUUUGAAACAAAUGUAGUGCACACACUCACAGCGGCAGCAGCAGCACACACUCAUGUGCUCCGGUGCUCCUGCUCGUGCUCGUGCACCCACACAGACAAAUCUGGGAUAUUUUAUUAGGCCAUUCAGUUAGUCAGUCAUUUAGUCAGUCAAUCAAGCUGGGCAGGCAAUUAAACUUUCACUGCCGCCGUCGGAAGCCAAAGGUAACAAGAACAGCCAGCCAGGGCGGCUGCCAAGCGGGGGAAAUAAACACAUCAAAUGGCAAACAGCCUGGCAAACAAGCGCUGGGUUCAAGAAGGUAUCGGUUUGCAGGAUACUCGAUGAAGGGAGGACGUAGGACUGAGAAUGGCACGAACGGGGGGAAAUCCUUUCAUAUAGAUGAAUUCAUCAGAAAAAUUGAAACUGGAUUAAUAAUAAAUUGAACCGCGCGUGGAAUUUAAAAUCUCUGCCACCAACUGGUGAAGGGAACCGAAAUUAAUUGGUUUCUUAAGCUAUCUGUUUUACACCUAUUCGCUUUA